UUGGCGGCAGAGUCGACCAAGGCCUGACUUCGUACCGCACUAACACCACUGCAGUAUCCGCGAGCCCCGAAAUACUUACGGUUCGCUUCGGUUCGCGUUUGGUAAUGUGCGUUGUUAAUGGUCAGUACCAUCAGCAAAACUCAACCGAGGAUACGUUUGGAUCAUGUGGUCGAGAUGCACCCCUAUACUACUAGGGAUAUUCUAUUGCUUAGCGGUAGAAGGUGUUCGUCAACAACAGUAUUACAGCAGCGGCGGAAGUUACCCACAAGAGUACGAAUUUACUUCCAGUCGUCAGCAAUAUUAUUACAGUCGGCCACAAAGGCAAACGUCCUACUCACCUGAAACCUUUAGAUUUCCUUCAAGCGAAGUCAAGGAAGACGAUGGAAAGUUUAUAUACCCUGAGAGUAGACAUGCAAAGUCAAGCAGACGUGCUAAGUUACCAUCAGAAUUUCAAGAUAAUAUUCCAAAUGAAAAUCCUGAAUACCCAUCCGUCGGUUCGGAAGAAGCACGAUAUUUGUCACCACAGGCCAUAGCUAAAAUCUCUGAAACACUAGGCGCCAUCAAUACAGUUGGUAGGUAUUUAGUCAACUACACCAGAGGUACGACAGAUGACCGAGUCGACAGCCCGUUGCAGUCCUAUCCAGUAAGUUUACAGAAACCAGGUGGUGAUUUGCCAUCUGCCAUAUUUACCAUUAGCAAGAACGUACUUGGUCGAAACGUGACUGACAUGGUAGUGAAACCUUUGGUUAGUCUUGGGUCAGGCAAGGUGGUCGCUCAGGACAAUAGGCCAUGUACUACACCGGACGGUUCUCAGGGAAAUUGUGAAGACCUGAGUAAUUGUCCACAACUUUUGCUCAACCUUGGCCAACUAAGACAGUCGAUAUGCUUCAAAAAUCUUUUUGUGCCUGGCGUGUGCUGUCCAAGAAAGUCAUCUGAACAAUCUAUUCAAAAUCCACAAAAUAUAAACACGGAAUCGAUAUCUACAACUAGACCACCACCGGUAAAUAACCGGCCAAUAGCUGUUACGCGCCCACCACCGACUGUUGUUACUCUAACGACCCAAGCUCCUGUUCAAUUGACUACCACCAAACCGCCAAUACUUACCUCUGGUACCAACAACAUUUUUGAUGAAGGAGAAUGUGGACGACCGGAAGUGCCAAAAUACCGAGUUGUCGGUGGAGACGAAGCUUUACCCGGGCGAUGGCCAUGGAUGGCUGCUAUAUUUUUGCACGGGACUAGAAGAACAGAAUUUUGGUGUGGAGGUUCCCUCAUAGGUCCCAGGCAUAUCCUUACAGCUGCUCAUUGUACAAGAGACAAUAGACAAUUACCAUUUAAUGCCAGACAAUUUACUGUGAGAUUGGGCGACGUAGAUCUUCGAAGGGACGAUGAACCUUCAUCCCCCGAAACAUAUCACGUGGUCGAAGUAAGGGGACAUAAAAAGUUCUCAAGGGUAGGAUUUUACAACGACAUUGCUAUCCUAGUGUUGGAUAGACCAGUGAAACGCAGCAAAUACGUUAUACCGUUAUGUUUGCCACCAAAGAGCGCAAGGUCUGAAACGUUUGUAGGUCAAGUUCCAACUGUCGUAGGAUGGGGCACAACGUACUACGGUGGUAAAGAAAGUACUGUACAAAGACAAGUGGAACUACCUGUGUGGCAUAAUAGUGACUGUGAUAGAACUUACUUCCAACCGAUUAACGAAGACUUUAUAUGUGCAGGUCUUAAAGAAGGAGGCAAAGAUGCUUGUCAGGGUGAUUCUGGAGGUCCACUAAUGUUAAAAAAAGAUGGUAGAUGGAUUCAAAUCGGUAUAGUAUCUUUUGGUAAUAAAUGCGGUGAGCCUGGAUAUCCCGGUGUGUAUACAAGAGUUUCUCGAUACAUAGACUGGAUCAACGAGAAUGUUAUAUAGUUACCUUCAACUUUACAUCUGUUCAGAAGUAAAGUAGGAGCAAAAUUUAAAGAUCGUUACAAUAAGUCGUGACUCAAAACGUACACAUUUUAUUGAUUAUGAGUACAUGUGUAAUUUUAGCGAUAUUUGUAAUUACCGAAAGAUUGUUUUUAUAUUAUUAUUUAAAGUGACAUCUCAAUUUUGUGAAAUUAUAUAGGUCCCAUUAUUAACAUAAUUUUUCACUUCUAUGUAUAAUAUAAUAAAAAAUAAUAAUUAUUAUAUGUAUAUAUACCACUGUAAAUAAAAAUUAUUUAUAAAGAAAACAUAAUAUUAUAUGUCAAAC